GCGCAGUCCGAGCAGAGCUUGACAACGGAAAACCCGAACUGCAAUAACUUGUUGAUUUAAAAUAAAAUUAGGUCGUCUUUUUUAUGGUUAAUAGCUGAAAAUGAGGCCAAUUGAAAAAUGGAAAGAGACGGUUCGUGAUCGUGUUUAUGACCUCGCCUUCAAGCCAGAUGGCAGCCAAAUUAUAAUGGCUGCAGGGCAACGUGUGCUGGUCUGCGAUGCCAAAGAUGGGACUAUUAUUCAGCCUUUAAAAGGACACAGUGAUACAGUGUACUGUGUAGCCUAUGCCAGGGAUGGUAAGAGGUUUGCCUCAGGCUCUGCAGACAAAAGCAUUAUCAUUUGGACUUCUAAACUGGAGGGUAUUUUAAGAUACACCCACAACGAUGCAAUCCAAUGUGUUGCCUACAACCCAAUCACUCACCAACUUGCUUCCUGCUCAUCUGGUGACUUUGGCCUGUGGUCCCCUGAACAAAAAUCUGUAAACAAGAAUAAAGUGAGUAGCAGAAUAACAUGCUGUGGGUGGACAAACGAUGGGCAGUACCUCGCCCUUGGCAUGAUGAAUGGUGUGGUGAGCAUACGGAACAAGAAUGGAGAGGAGAAGGUCAAGAUAGAGCGUCCAGGAGGAUCUUUAUCCCCAAUCUGGUCAAUAGCGUGGAAUCCAUCCAGGGAUGAGCACGACACACUGGCUGUGGCAGACUGGGGUCAGAAACUCUCCUUCUACCAGCUCAGUGGGAAACAGGUUUUAAAAGAGAGAACUCUAAACUACGACCCAUGUUGCAUCAGCUACUUCUCCAAGGGCGAGUACAUUGUGAUGGGUGGCUCUGACAAACAGGUGUCCCUCUAUACUAAAGAUGGCGUGCGGUUAGGAACCAUUGGAGAUCAUAAAGCAUGGGUGUGGACAUGCCGAGUUAAGCCCGACUCCAACUACGUGGUGUGUGGCUGCCAGGAUGGGACCAUCUAUUGCUACCAGCUUAACUUCACCACAGUUCACGGCCUCUACAAAGACCUCUACGCCUAUAGAGACAACAUGACCAAUGUCAUCGUGCAGGACCUCAUCACUGAACAAAACCUGAGAAUCAAGUGCCAUGAGUUGGUAAAGAAAAUUGCAAUCUACAGAAACCGCCUGGCCAUUCAGCUACCAGAGAAGAUCAACAUUUGCACGGACGACUUAUCCACCAUGGAAUACCGCAUUACUGACAAAAUCUGCAAAAAGUUUGAGUGCAACCUGCUGGUGGUCUGCUCCCAGCACGUCAUUCUCUGUCAGGAGAAAAGGCUCCAGUGCCUGUCUUUUGCUGGUGUCAAGGAAAAAGAAUGGGUGAUGGAAUCUAUGAUUCGCUACAUCAAAGUGAUUGGUGGCCCGCCAUGCAAAGAGGGUCUACUUGUAGGGUUAAAAAACGGAGCUAUCUUGAAGAUAUUUAUCGACAACCCCUUUCCAAUAACGCUGCUGAAGCUGUCGUUGUCAGUGCGCUGCCUGGACAUGAGCGCCUCCCGCAAAAAGCUGGCUGUGGUGGAUGAACGUAACACCCUCCUCGUCUAUGACAUCAAAAGCAAAGAACUACUUUUUCAGGAGCCUAAUGCUAACAGUGUUGCCUGGAACACCCAGUGUGAGGACAUGCUGUGCUUCUCUGGGAACGGCUACCUGAACAUCAAGGCGAGCAACUUUCCUGUGCACCAGCAGAAAAUGCAGGGCUUUAUGGUCGGCUACAACGGCUCGAGAAUAUUCUGUCUCCACGUCUAUUCCAUGUCUGCUGUCGAGGUGCCUCAGUCAGCACCCAUGUACCAAUACCUAGAGAAGAAGAUGUUUAAGGAAGCUUAUCAGAUCGCCUGUCUCGGUGUGACAGACAGUGAUUGGAGGGAUUUAGCCACAGAAGCUCUGGAGGGACUUGACUUUGAAACCGCCAAAAAGGCCUUUAUUAGAAUAAGAGACCUGCGCUACCUGGAGCUGAUCAGUAACAUUGAGGAGAGGAAGAAGCGGGGCGAGAACGACAACGAGCUCUUCCUGGCAGACGUCUAUGCCUUCCAGGGGAAAUUCCGCGAGGCCGCUAAGCUCUACAAACGCGCCGGCCAUGAAUCCAAAGCUCUGAGCAUGUACACCGACCUGCGCAUGUUCGAGUACGCCAAGGAGUUUGUUGGUGCUACAGACCCACAGAGCUCAAAGUUACUAAUAACGAAGCAGGCAGAUUGGGCUAAAUGCAGCAAGGAGCCACGAGCUGCAGCUGAAAUGUACCUGUCGGCAGGAGAACACGCGAAAGCUAUAGAUAUUAUUGGAGAACACGGCUGGGCAGACAUGCUGAUCGACAUCGCCCGUAAGCUAGACAAGGCUGAGCGUGAACCGCUGGCGAAAUGUGCGAUGCACUUUAAGAGGCUGAGACACCAUGGCUAUGCCUCAGAGACUUAUUCCAAGAUGGGAGACUUGAAGGCUUUGGUGCAGCUGCACGUGGAGACGAGACACUGGGAAGAGGCCUUCUCGCUGGUGGAGAAGCACCCACAGUUCAAAUAUGACGUCUUUGUGCCUUACGCCCAGUGGUUGGCUGAAAACGAUCGCUUCGAGGAGGCACAGAAAGCAUUUCACAAGGCCGGGCGUCAGAAUGAAGCAGUAAAAGUCCUGGAGCAGCUUACCCACAAUGCAGUGGUGGAGAACAGGUUCAACGACGCAGGCUACUAUUACUGGAUGCUGUCUAUGCAGUGUUUGGACAUUGCCCGAGAGAGCAAAGAACAGAAGAAGGAAAUGCUGGAGAAGUUUGAGAGCUUUCAGCAUCUUGCUGAGCUUUAUUACGUCUAUAGCUCCAUUCAACGUUACACGGAUGAACCUUUUAGUUCCCACAUGCCAGAGACAAUCUUUAGCCUCUGCAGGUUCCUGCUGAACAACCUCACCAAGGGUGUACUUCCAGGGAUUUCUAAAGUCAACACCUUGUUUGCUCUGGCCAAGGAGAGUUGCAAACUGGGAGCGUAUAAAUUGGCCAGGUAUUCCUACGAGAAGCUGCAGGAGCUUCACAUUCCCUCACGCUUACUGGAGUCCGUAGAGCUGGGCAGCCUCACAAUCCACUCCAAGCCCUUCCACGACAGUGAGGACUUUAUUGAGGACAUGAUGUGCUACCGGUGCUCCACCAACAACCCGCUUCUGAAUAGCCAGGGCAGCAUGUGCAUCAACUGCAGGCAGCCUUUCAUCUACUCCGCUUCGUCAUACGAGGUGCUGCCUCUGGUGCAGUUCUACCUCGGGGAGGGAAUCAGUGAUGAAGAAGCUCUGUCCCUCAUCGACCUGGAGGUUCCUCACACAGAAGAUUGCAAAGCACGAGGCCCCGACGUGGGCAGCGGUGACCUGGAGGCUUUGAGGAUAGACGACGGGUUGGAUCAUACAGACGACGAUCCGUUUUCAGCCAAAAUGAGCUUCGAGCAAGGGGGCUCCACCUUUGUCCCCGUCAAGGUGAGUCGUUCGGUGCUGCGCUCCAUGAGCAGAAGGGAUGUCCUGAUCAAACGCUGGCCCAAGCCGCUCAAUUGGGAAUACUUCCGCUCCUUGCUGCCGGAUGUGAGCAUCACCAUGUGCCCCAGCUGCUUCAAGAUGUUUCACAGUGAAGACUAUGAGAUCCUUUUGCUGCAGCACAACUGCUGUCCUUACUGCCGCCGACCCAUCGAUGAACCCAACUGAUCAACACUAUAUUAAAUUUAUCAAACAUUUCA